GCCCAAAACCCACCGACUCUACAAAUCCGCAGCGCCCCGCUGCCGACGCCGUUCCGUCGCCUCGUCCGGCCACGCCGCCAUUUUCACAGUGGCUUUUCUUGCCUCAAGCUUUAUUUGAUCAUGUGAUGAUCACGCACUGCAUGCGCGCUCUUCUUGACAUCAUAACGUGGUAUAUCUGAAUUCUGGAGCAGUUGUUGUCAUGGGAGUAUCAGGGAAAUGGAUUAGGACACUAAUCGGUUUUAAAAGACCCGAGAAGUCGAUUUGCUAUGAAAUCGAUGAAUAUAAAACAGGGUACACUGGGAAGUCUAGGCAUAGGAGAAAGCAUUCUAUUGAUAUGGAUAACAACUGCAAUGAGCUGAGCCAUAACGAAGAUAAUGCUUCUACCUCACUUGAAGAUGCUAAUAUUGCUUCAGUUCAAAUUGCUGCUUUUUCAUCUUCAACUUCACAUCAAAACCGGGAUGAACCUCAAGUUCAUCCGAAUAUUAGAGAAGAAAUGGCAGCCAUCUGCAUCCAAACAGCUUUUAGAGGCUUUCUGGCAAGGCGAGCUUUGCGGGCUUUGAAAGGAUUGGUGAGACUUCAAGCCCUUGUGAGAGGUCGUGCUGUGAGAAAACAAGCUGCCAUCACCCUCCAUUGUAUGCAAGCACUAGUUAGAGUUCAGGCACGUGUACGGGCACGGCGUGUUCGUGUGGCCUUAGAAGGUCAAGAUGCACCGAAGAACUUUCUGCAAGAAGAGCUAGAACAACGAGAGGCUCGUGUUCGCGAAAUAGAAGAAGGUUGGUGCCACACUAUAGGAUCUGUGGAAGAAAUUCAAGCCAAGUUGUUAAAGAGGCAAGAGGCAGCAGCAAAGCGGGAGAGGACAAUGGCAUAUGCUUUGGCUCAUCAGUGGCAGGCAGGGCCUAAGCAGCAGCAUUCUGUCUAUGAACGGGAGACUAGUAACUGGAGCUUGAAUUGGUGGGAAAGAUGGAUGGCGGUACAGCCCUGGGAAAAUCGCAUUUUAGACAUCAAUCAGAGAGAUGGAGCAAUGAUACGCGACAACAACCCAAUUAACGGCACUAAGAACCAGUUGAAAAGAUAUGUUGGGAUAGUCAAACCGAAUUCUAAUGAGAGAAGGGGUCCAUCAACCUAUUCAAGCAUUAAGAAGUCACUCGAGACUAGUUCAAGAUCGAAGAGCAAUCCUAAAGAGAGAGAUUCACCCCUUCAUAUAUAGACCAAGGAAAUAAUAAGAGAUUGUCUCUUCCUAUUACCCGUUAGUUAAUUGUCUCCUUGAUUCUUUUCAACUUUUUUUAUUUUUGGAAAUUGAUUCUUUUCAACUAGUCUCAAAUGUUUUUGUUUUUGUAGGUAUUUCCUAGGGUAACACCCUUUGGUUUGUGCUAUUUCUCUAAAUGAUUCUUUGUUAUGCACACUUCUUACAAUAACUCUAAGGUAGGCUA